CUUUUUACCAGUCUUGGUUAAAAAAAGUUAUUUUCGAAAAAUAAACUUUCAUCUCUUUUCUUUCGUCCAUUAAUUCAAAUCAUGUUUCAAGAGCAAACACCCUUAAAUGCCUAUGUUGGUUUCGACACUAUUACUCAACAAAUUGAGAAGAAGUCAAUUAAAAGAGGAUUCCAGUUCAAUGUCAUGGUUGUGGGUCAAACUGGUUUAGGCAAAUCUACACUUGUAAAUACUUUAUUUGCUUCUCACCUUAUCGAAAGCAAAGGCCGUCAUAAUGUGGAUGAAUUGGAUAGACAAACAACUAGAAUUGAAGCAGUGUCUCAUGUCAUUGAGGAAAACGGUGUUCGCCUGAGAUUAAAUAUCGUCGAUACUCCAGGUUAUGGUGAUCAAGUUAAUAACGAGGAUUGUUGGGAAUCAAUCAUCAAAUACAUUAAGGAUCAACACUCUGCUUACCUUCGUAAAGAGCUUACUGCACAACGUGAAAGAUUAAUUCAAGAUAAUCGUGUUCAUUGCUGUCUUUACUUUAUUACCCCUUCUGGUCAUUCAUUAAAACCUAUUGAUAUCAUUGUACUCAAAAAGUUGGUUCAGGUAGUCAAUGUUGUGCCUGUCAUUGCAAAAGCUGAUUCUCUUACAAUCGAAGAACGUGCUGCAUUUAAAAAGAGAAUUAACGCUGAAUUAGCUUUCCAUAACAUUGAUUUAUAUCCCUAUGAUAAUACCGAGGAUUAUGAUGACGAAGAACGCAUGUUAAAUUCUAGCAUCAGAGAACUUCUUCCUUUUGCCGUUGUCGGAUCAGAAAAGCAGGUUGUUGUCAAUGGUAAAGCAGUCAUUGGACGUAAGACAAGAUGGGGAGCUGUUGUUGUCGAGGAUGAGAACCAUUGUGAAUUUAUUCAUUUGCGUAACUUUUUGACAAGAACUCAUUUACAAGAUUUGGUCGAAACUACCUCGAUGGUUCAUUAUGAAACCUUCCGUUCUAACCAGUUAUUAGCUCUUAAGGGUUCCGUCAGUCCUUCCAGUGAAGCUGCACCCGCAAAAGCUUUCACUCCUUUUGCCUAAAAAUUAUAUAAAAAAAAACGGUAAUUAAUUAUUUAUACCACUCUUUUACUCUAUUUCCAUUUUGUUUGUAAUAAUAUACAUGAUUGAUUCCCUCCUCCCCUUUUUUUCCCUUCUAAUAAACAAAAAAAAAACCUGCUUAGUUGAAAUAGGAA